AUGUUCAAUGAGAUCGAUGGGGACUUUAAUGAUGAAGUUAUAAGGACUUUUAAGGUCGGCUUGCCUACCGAGCACGAUUUGAGAAAGUCCUUGACCAAGAAGUCGGUAAAGAGUCCACAUGAUGAUGAUUUAGUGGUCACCCUCAGAAUAGAAGGGUAUGAUGUGAAGAGGGUGUUAGUAGACCAGGGCAGUAGUGCAGAGAUUAUGUACCCUGACUUGUACAAAGGGUUGAAUUUAAAGCCCGAAGAUUCGACAUCCUAUGAUUCACCUUUGGUAAACUUUGAUGGGAAAGUUGUCAUCCCAAGGAGUCAAAUUAGAUUGCCCAUGCAAGCAGGUUCAAAGGUAGUGGAGUUGGACUUCAUUGUGGUGGACGUUUAUUCUCCCUACACGGCCAUUGUAGCUAGACCUUGGCUUCAUGCUCUAAAGGCCUUUUCUUCAACUCUGCAUUUGAAAGUGAAACAUCUGUCAGGGGACGAGAUUGAGAAGCUUGUGGGGAGUCAAUCCAUGGCUAGAUAG